AUGGUUUUGGAUAGUGACGAUAAAUGUGCCGAGGCAUCAAGAAAUAAUUCGGCCAGUCCGACGACCAAUCCUUCUGGUACAGUAUCACUGCAUCCGCCUUUCAUUAUGAAUAUAUUCGAACACUGGACACGUAUUGCUACUCAAAAUGGUAGCCCACAACAUGUGAUUGGUGGAUUAAUCGGUAAUCGAAGCGGUCCUAAUGUUGAGGUUAUGAACUCAUUUGAACUUGAAUUCAAUUUUUCCGAUCAUGACAUCAUCAUCGAUAAGGAAAAAUGUCGCAACAAACAACAAGAAUAUAUAGACAAACAGCCGUCCACAGAUUCGGAGUUUCUCGGCUGGUACAGCAUCGGCAAUCAUCCAACUGAAGAAAAUAUCAAAGUGCAUAAGCAAAUAUGCGAAAUAAACAAAAGUUCAAUCAUGUUACAACUUAGCCCACAAUCAUGGAAAAUUGAC